CCUGUCGCAGAGCAAGGGGAGCGUUCUAUCUCCCAGACUGCGGGGAGGCAGAAAGCCAGUGUUCCAGGAGACACACCAUCUGGAGCUGGCCUCAUGGAUGCCCUGGUCCCAUUUCUGCAGCUGCUGGUGCUGCUCCUGACCCUACCCCUGCACCUGCUGGCCCUGCUGGGCUUCUGGCAGCCCGUGUGCAAAACCUACUUCCCUUACUUUAUGGCUAUGCUAACAGCCAAGGCCAACAAAAAGAUGGAAAAGAAGAAACGGGAACUGUUUAGCCAGAUAAAAGAUCUUAAGGGGACCUCCAAGAAAGUGGCCCUGCUGGAGCUUGGCUGUGGCACUGGUCCCAACUUCCAGUUCUACCCACCCGGCUGCAAGGUCACCUGUGUGGAUCCGAACCCCAAUUUUGAGAAGUUCCUGACCAAGAGCAUGGCUGAGAACAGACACCUCCAAUAUGAGCGCUUCGUCGUGGCUCAUGGCGAGGACAUGAAACAAUUGGCUGACCAUUCCAUGGACGUGGUAGUCUGCACCCUGGUGCUGUGCUCCGUACAGAGCCCAAAAAAAGUCCUGCAGGAAAUCCAUAGAGUCCUGAGGCCGGGGGGACUGCUAUUCUUCUGGGAGCACGUGGCUGAGCCUCGGGAAAGCUGGGCCUUCCUGUGGCAGCGGGUUCUCGAGCCCACCUGGAAACACAUCGGGGACGGCUGCCACCUCACCAGAGAGACCUGGAAGGACAUCGAGAGGGCGCAGUUCUCUGAAGUCCAAAUGGAACGGCAGCCCCCUCCCUUCAAGUGGCUACCUGUUGGGCCCCACAUAAUGGGAAAAGCUGUGAAAUAACUGUGCCCGAGGAGGACGCCGUCUGCUCUCCCCCUGCCUGCAGCCAGAAGCCAUCCCAGUACCUUCUAAGGGUCAGGUAAAGAAUGCCAGAACCUCCUCAGCUCUGCCUCAGCC